UACCGUGGUUACCUAUUCGGAAAGUCGUACGCCAUGGCGUUACUACGAAAGUUCCGUGAAUCUACAAAAGAUAAAACUACUAAAGUGUGUCUGAACACAGAUGAAUUCAUGACAGUUGCCAACAUGAGGCAGGAGUUCCUUGGGAUGCGCAGUACCAACAGCCAUCUAAAGGAUUGCGUCCGUGUCUUGCAUGAGAAUAGCGCAAAAAUGAGGCAAGAGGCUAAUCAGCAGCAGCUGAUUAUCAGCUCCCUGAAGAGCCUACAUGAGGAGAUAGUGAAAAAGAAGGAUGAGGAAGCUAGAGAGAUGGAAAUUAAGGCUACAGCUUGUAGUGUCGUGCAGAAGGUGAUGACACAGGCGCUGACCAAAUUGGUAGCGGAGAAAGAUGACCAAGCAGCCGUGAAGGACUCCAUGUUAAGCCAAACGAAGGAGGAGUUGGCUCUCAGUAACAACGAGACGGCCAAGCUCAGAGAAGAGGUGCGUGACCUGAAGGCAGAGCUGGACGCCGAGCAGAGGCGCCACCAGGACACCCUGAAGAAUCUACGCAAGAACGAGCUCCGUCUCAAGGAGAUGACCUUCCAGUCAGACGAGGACCGUAAGAAGCAGGAGCGUCUUCAGGAGCUGGUGGAGAAAAUGCAGCAGAAGAUCAACACGUACAAGACGCAAUCUGACGAAGUGCGUGACCUGGAGGCAGAGCUGGACGCCGAGCAGAGGCGCCACCAGGACACCCUGAAGAACCUGCGCAAGAACGAGCUCCGUCUUAAGGAGAUGACCUUUCAGUCAGACGAGGACCGUAAGAAACAGGAACGUCUCCAGGAGUUGGUGGAGGAAGUACAGAUGAAGAUAAAGACGCACAAGAGGCAAUCUGAGGCAUCGGCUGCGAGCAUCGCUGACGACCUCCGUCAGGAACAAGACAAGAACGCCCAUCUUGAGAAGGUGAAGAAGAGUCUUGAGGACAAUAUCCGAGACUUCCAGCGUCGUCUUGACGAGGUGGAGACGGGCGCGCUGAAGGCCGGGAAACACCACCUGCAGAAGCUGGAGACUAAGGUGCGUAACCUGGAGGCAGAACUCGACGCUAAGCAGAGGCGCCACCAGGAGACCCUGAAGAACCUGCGCAAGAACGAGCUCCGUCUCAAGGAGAUGACCUUCCAGUCAGACGAGGACCAUAAGAAGCAGGAGCGUCUUCAGGAGCUGGUGGAGAAAUUGCAGCUUAAGAUCAAGAGUCACAAGACGCAAUCUGAGGCAUCGGCUGCGAGCAUCGCUGACGACCUACGUCAGGAACACGACAAGAACGCUCAUCUUGAGAAGAAUCUUGAGGAGACUAUCCGAGACUUCCAGCGUCGUCUUGACGAGGUGGAGACGGGCGCGCUGAAGGCCGGGAAACACCACCUGCAGAAGCUGGAGACUAGGGUGCGUGACCUGAAGGCAGGCCUGGACGCCGAGCAGAGGCGCCACCAGGAGACCCUGAAGAAUCUGCGUAAGAACGAGCUCCGUCUCAAGGAGAUGACCUUCCAGUCAGACGAGGACCGUAAGAAGCAGGAGCGUCUUCAGGAGCUGGUGGAGAAAUUGCAGCUUAAGAUCAAGAGUCACAAGACGCAAUCUGAGGCAUCGAUCGACUUGACUAAAGCAGUAUAUGAAAUGACGAGGAUGUCACAAGAUAAACAAAUCAAGGAGCUCCAGAGUGCGCUCAGCUGUACGAUGAUGGAAAGAGAGAUCUUUAAAGUGUUGGCAACUGCCAGAAGGAAGAAGGAAGAAGAGGAAGAAAAGCAUAUGUCUAACGGACACAUGGAAGAAAUGGCCAUGAGGCACCAUCAGGAACAGGCCAGAUACCUGGGCCAAGCCUGGCAGGAGGCGACUAGCGGUACCUGUUCCAUGCACGACCCUGAUGACCGGAAUCAUCAUCAGCAUCCGGGAUAAACAUUUUGCUACAUAUUAUAUUCUAUUAUUGAAAUUUUA